UUCUCAUUCAUUCAUCGAACUCGUAAGCCGUGAUUGCUGUUUCAAUCUCGCUGCCUCAUUGGUCGGGCGAAGCGCGCCAAUCUCCUGGAAUCUACGAUAUCUGGCGUUCGUAGUAAAUAGCUAGGCAUCAGGUCGCCUUGCCAGUGUCUAUGAGAACGUCAGAUUGUCCGUGUCAUAACCUGAAAGAGAGAAAAAGUGUCGUCCACAGACGUGACACAUACCAGCCGAGAUUUCUUAACGCCUUUUUCUAAGUGAUCUAACACCUUCUGGACAUUUUCCCCAUCACGUUUUUUUCUCCCUAAAGCGAGGGCGUCGUGGGACCUGGAUUGGCAAAUGGUACGCGUUUUCAUUACCAUUCUUUGAGACUUAUUCACCGCUUUCAUUCUAUGCAGGGAUAACAGUGCUUCUGAUGAAAUUUGCUUCAAAAAGAACAUUUAACAAGCUAUCAUUAUCCCAACUCUAUCGACAGUCGCCUCCUGUAUCUGUUACGGCAAGCCAGUGUUGAAAAGUUUAUGAUACUGUUAUAAACUUUGAAAGGAUAAGGAUAUAUAAGACAAGAUUUCCAAGGUCAAUAUCAGUUUUCAUGAUUCCUACUCAAUCGUUCGUAUAAGCAGCUCAAGCACCACUGAGAGUUGAUCUUCCCGUUCAGCUUUUAUUCUCAGCAUCAGGAGGUGACACUACUUUCAAGGACGCCUACACUCGUGUUGUAAAGGAUGUUAUAACAUACGGUAACAUUGGGUGGGCAUGACAAAUAAAUGCCCUACAACAAAGGCAUUCUUUGACAUAUACUGAGGAACUGAAGCGUAUCCUCUCUGUAUCUGAUUGAGAUCGCUUGAAGAAGCAUGGACUAGGACAUUAAGGAAGGGCUCAUAUAAAGGCUUGCAAGAAUCAUCCUUUCAUUCUUUGACCUGACUUGGAUAGGUACUUAUCAUUGCAAUCUUACUCAAUGUUACCCUAAUCAUACUUUCCUGAAGGACUCGACUUCAUAGAUUUGGACUGAGAUUCCAGUUACAGUUGUUGAUAUUAUUGGAUCUAAGUGGAAUCAUUGCAAUCUAACAGUUUGAUUAUACAUUUCGGUAAAAAUUGGAAAAUUUAUACAGGAACUGGAGAAGCAAAGAUUUGACAACCGGACUAUACGUACGAGGCAGUGUAAAAAUUUCAAUUCAUUAAUCGGUUACUAGAAUAAGCCUUCUGAUAUAUUUUUCUGGCGAACUAUCGAUAAUUCACAGGAAUAACAUUUGGAACGGACUAGUUGCAAAAACCACCAGUCCUGACUUGGCAUCACCUCUGACCAGUGUGACAACUCAUAUCGAUUGGCCCAAGAUCUCGUGGGUUGCUUUUUACAUUUACCUGUCACAUUUACGCAAGGACGCGUGGACCACAUGAUGAUGAACGCGAAGCUUCAGUUGAUGCUGCACGUGCUGGUGAUCAUACAGGCGGUUUGGGUGGAGGCAGCGUGUGGCAAGAGGUCGCGGCGGAAGAGAGAACACAAACACCUGCAUUAUGAAGAUUGUGGUUCGAACCCUUCCAACCCCAUCCACUUCCUACACCUGGCCGCCCACCCAAUGCCCAUUAUCACCCCGGGCAGACUGCGCCUCUCCUUCCGAAUCAACAUAACCGAACAACUUCCAGCGAACCUCAUGCUCAACGUGACAGUCAUCAAGCGGAUAUUCGGGUUUGAGUUCCAAGUACCUUGCAUUGAGGGACGUUAUGGAACGUGUAUCUACAGAGACGUGUGUAAUUCGUUGAAUUCCCGGUUCGAGUCAAACUGCGAUUGCCCGAAUCCGCUCCUUCUCAAUGGCAUCCCCUGCACGUGUCCGAUACAGCCAGGCGAUUACAGAAUGAACAACGUCGACAUCCAUAUACCCAAGUUGGAUGGCAUGCUUGGGACAUUGGCCCAGGGUGAUUACCAGGUGAGAGCGCAGAUCCAAGACGACAUCACGCGUGAACAACUCGGCUGUAUCUCAAUGAAAGUGUCUCUGCGGAAACGAAAAGAGCGACGGUCAGGGUGGUUCUUUGGGAGACGGUUUAGAUAGGGAUGACACGGUCCGAUCUGGCGGUUUAGUUUUAUAUACUGUAACGGACGUACGGGUUCGAAUAUCUUUGGUAGAUAUGGCCGUUAGCAGCCAUACAGGUAACGCCUCGACUCCCAAUAUGGAUGGACGGCGUAUGACCGACUAGGAACUUACGUAACGAGUUCAAGCAUUAGAUGGCGUGAUAGUUUUGUGUAUACCAGCGUGUCCAUGGUUGUCCAGCUGGGGGACUGAGACCAUAGAGACUCAAACCUAACUGGGAAUACUUCCGCGGGUGCGAUACCAACAUGAAAUUUAACACUGUGUAGCAGACUGAAAGUCGUUCGGAAGGCUGGAACCUAAUAGAAAGGAUAAACAUUUAUAAUGAUGUUCUGUUAAAAGUUGGAAUUUUCUGUCGAUUGCGACAAGAGGGUGGAAGAGACAAUGAAGCAAAGAAUGAAGAGGAAUACGGUCUGCGAUAUGUACUGUAUUCUCGUUUACCAGUACCGGUACCAAAAAGGAACUGCUUUUGGAGAUAUUGGCUAUCGGUAUGGUACCGGUUGUGAAGGGUUGUGGCUUUAGAAGGGCGGGGGAUGCCGUCCCAUGGGUCACCAACAAAGCCUGUCUUGUGUGUCUUGGCAACAAGACUUUUGAAGCUACCGUAUUGAAGCUACCUUAUUCUAGCAGUGAAAAUGCAUUUACUUUUUAAGUUUUGUAGUCGGAACGUUGACUGAUGUAGGAUCUGUUUGUGUGUCCAAAUUCGUAGUGUCGUCGUAUCAAAUGGGACGAAAGUAAUAAUCGUAAUGCAUCGUGGUAGGCCUAUAUUGUCUAUGAAUCGGGGAACAAGUUCAGAAAGUGCGCCUUGUUGAACGUAAUAAGCAGCGAGCAUACCCAUGACACCAAACUUAGAGUAACCAGGUAUCACAUCGCAACAGUGGCCUCAAGAAAAGUCCCCACGUCGAGGUGAUGUGAGGUGAUGACCUGGUCCAAGGAGCCGCACAGGCUUAAUGCGCAACUAGGCCUACAUGGAGACAAUGACAACAUCUUCUUGUCUCAUGACGCUAGUAUUGUAAAUCAUUGUGUAUAAUAAGGAAAAAUA